GCAGGCAAUUGCGCCAAGGCGACGGCUGGGGCCUGACUGGGGUGUUCUGAUCAUUUCCGCAAUCGACGCAGACAGACUUCGCCAUCGCUCGCCGCCUCAGCUCGCACAAAGACGCGCACCAGACCGCACGCUUUCCGCCUAGUGCCCUGACGCUGCGUAAUCACUGAAACGGGCUAGCUGCUUACGUGCUUGGGUCUCUGGGUCACUGGGUCAUGGCGUCGGAUCACGUGCAGCUCGAGGAGCCCCAUCCGGGCCAGCAGAUGUUUGAUGGCUUUAAUGAUCUCUUCCCCGCCGCCGCAAAUGAUCAAGCCUGGUCUUCCUUCAGCCAGAAUCCGCAGCCCUGGCAGCAGCAGCAGCCGCCUGCCGCCUUCGAGAACUCCGCCUUCUACGGCCGCGCCUUCUCCAACAGCCCCACGCCCUAUCACCUCGCCCACCAUGGGAAUCUGCAGCAGCAACCCUUCUCGCAACAAGUGCUGGACCCCGCCCUCAUGUCCGCCGGGGCCGCCGACGCCUCUGAAUACGACUUGAACAUGCCCUCUUAUCCCGCUUCGUCCAGCACCAUCGCGCCCCAGGCCCUGCAGUCCGUCUACCCCAGGGCCACGCCCCCCACGACGGCUCAAUAUGAGGCUCCUCCCAAGCGGAACAGCGCCAGUAAUGGCGCCUCCGCCUCCGCCCCAGUCCCUGCUGCAGUUAACUCUCCUGCGCCUGAGCCUUCGCCGGCUCCCGCACCAGCCCAGAUUCACUUACCAGCCCCUAAGGGCCUUGUGUCCGGCAACUUUAUCAUCGUUGACUAUGACGAACUGUCCAAAGCCACCAACUCCACGCGUCUCCAUGAGUUUGUGAACAUUGGUGAUGGUGCCGUUGAAAUGCCGAUGAUGAAAUCGUCCAUCCCACAAUACACCCCCAGAAAGUCGCGCAACGAGCUUAAGCGACUGGCUGCGUCAGACAGCAAGUUGUUAGCGAGAAUCGCAAAAUCAUCUAAGAAGGCCAAGACCACCACACCAAAACUUCCGCGGUUCAAAUCGCCGUCUACUGGUAUUAGGUCUCCCGCAAGCCUGAGAGAUGAUGUCACGGACUCAUCCAGUGAGACUGAAUCCUCGGAUGAUUAUUCUGACUAUGACUCCUCGGAUGAUGAGGAGCCUGAGCUCUCGCCUUUGCCGAGCACCAGGCCUUCUGGCACUCUUCCGGGAGUGCGCUACGACAUAAUGAAGGCUACGUGGCGGCCGCGUAACAAAUUUAUUUCAGCUGACGAUAUUCGUGCCGGUCUCUUAGAUUUCUGGGAGAUUAUUAAGAACAUCCGUGAUCGCUGGAAGGGAGAUUUGGCUGCCCUGAAGGCAGCUGAGGAGAAGGAGAAGCGUCCACCUGACUUCCACGAGCUCAAGAGCAGAGUCUCUGAGCAACGUGGCAAGAUGGAAAUGGCCGUGAAAGUUGCUCUUGAACAUGGUCAUCCAGACAUUAUCCGAACACUUGGUGGCAAUGUCUCAUUCUUGUUCGUCGCAUACCAGUUCUUGGCAGACCGCAUUAGAGAGAAUGAAUACAACGAUGCCUUCUCGAAGUCCAUCCUUGAGCUACUGUCCCGCGUCGGGAACAUCAUGAGCGAAUCGCUCGAAAAGACCAAGCUCAACACGGCAUUGAAGAGGUAUCUCACUCGCGGCGACGACAAGACCAAGCCGCAAGCUCAGGCCAUUUUCGACCGAGCUACUGCAAACUCGAAGAAAAAGGCCGAAGAGAACGCCCCCGCUGCUCCAAACGGCGAGCAGAAGGCCGACGCUAAGAAGGAAAACGGCAUCAAGAAAGAGGGCAUCAAAAAGGAUGAGUCGAAGACGAAAGCGGAGCCAGCAUUGGCUACUCGCCCUCAACCAGCAGCCGUUGCGGGAGUGAAAAGGCCGCGGCCGGGAGAGGCCGCCGGCGCUCAACCGGUAAAGAAAACGGCCACAUCGACUGCUGGCACCAACGGUUCGGUGAAGGCGGGAUCCGCCGCGGCGCUCGGCCCGAAACGUCCCGGGGCGGCAGGCGCCUCGACCGCAUCCGCAGCAGGCGCGACGGCCGCUGCCAAGCCCAAGCCCAUUGCAAAGCCCAGCAUGUUUGCUAGUCUCCAGUCUGCAUCGAAGAAGUCGGGUGCUGCAGCUACGGCAAAGCCUGCUACUGUUGCCGCCGUGAAGAAGCCUGCUCCCGCUCCUUCUUCUGCUCCUAGAUUCUCUUUUGCCGAGACCAUGGCAAAUCUGACUAAGCCCAAGGAGGAAAAGCCGGCCGCGAAACCCGAGGACAACCGCCCGCCAGAGACCGAGGAAGAGAGGACGAAGCGCCUCCGCAAGGAGGAGCGCCGUAAGCUUAGAGUCACCUGGAAGCCGGAGAAGGAAUUGGAAUCCGUUCGGUAUUUCACUCAUGAUCCCGACGAGGAGCUUGGCCACGAUGCCAACAUGGUGCGUGAUGUUGCGGAUGUCGGUGGGGAGGGUCGCAUGUUCAAGCAGCAUAAAGAUAUGAUGGAUCUUGACGAAGAUGACGAUCGCCUAAGCGAAGAGUCAUUCCGUCCCUGGCGUGAGCCUUCACUCGUUGAUUUCAGCGCUGUCCCCAAGGAGGAGCGCGAGAGGAAUUACGAGCCGUACGGUGGUGGGGCAAGGAAGGUCGAGUCACAGGAGAGAGAGGUGCAGGAGCAGCGCGAGGCUACUACUCUGCUGGUCUUCUACACCAACUCCUCGGACAUCCCGCCAUGCCCGAAGGAACCCACCACCGAGGAGGUCCCGGAGGAAAACAGGGAACCAGUAUUGUUUGGCACGCCCGACGAGAAGACGCUGGCUCGCGCCGCGACCUUCGCACCCCCCGCUGCUGUUGUGCCUUCUUCUGCGCCCGAGACACCCGGUGCUCCCGACAUCUCCAAGAUUCUGGCUAUUCUCGGCACCGCCCAACAACAGCCGCAGCCGGUACAGGCUCCGGCGCCCCAGCCUCAAAGCGAGUUGGAAAAGACAUUUUCCAUGUUUGCGCCGCAACAACCUCAACAACCCCAACAACCGCAAAUGCAAUUCACCCCGGCCCCUGCUCCCGCACCAGCCCCUCAAGUGGACAUCCAGGCCAUCCUUGCAACGCUCGGCAACAUGCAGGCGCAAACCCCCGCGCAGAACCAGCCGCAGCAGCAGGCACCCCACCAGGCGGCCGCUUUCCCCGGGAUGGCGAACCCAGGAUUCGAUUUCGCAGCGAUGUUGCAGGGCGUGCAAAACGCGGGCAUGCCGCCCGCCAUGUCGGGCUUCGGCGCCGCCUUCCCGCAGAUGCAGCAGAGCAACGGCGGGCAGCCGCUCAUGUCGCAACAGCAGCAGUUUCACGAGGAGGAGCGCAAGCGGACGCGCGACGGCGGCAACGACGGCCGCGACGGCGACUUUAAGCGCGGCAGGAAGAACAAAAAGUGGCCGAGUAAUAAGGAGAAGCCGCAGUUUGUGGUUGCGUGCAGGUUUUGGCAGGAGGGCAAGUGCGCAAAGGGCGAUAGCUGCACGUAUUUGCAUCACUGAGUGCGGCGGCCGCUGGUUAUGGGGUUUCACUCUACUACGUACAUCACUCCAAGCUCUCUACGACACGCGGGAAGUGUCAUU